UGGCGGCGGCGCCAUCACCCCCCUGCCCUUCGCACCGUCAAUUUCGGCCGUGCUAUCUAGCUCUAGCUCUAGCUCUAGCUCGUCGUCGGAGGGGUUACUCUCCUCCAUGUACCUGCUGGACAACUUCUCAACGAGCUCGUCAUUCGUAUCCAUCCUUUUGCAACGCCUCGGUGUGGUGUUUGUGUGUCUCGCAGUGUGCUUUGUACUUUGAGCCGGUUAAAGAGUGUCGCUGUCCGCUGUGACUGUGUGCAAGCGAAGCGCGCGCGGGGUCUCUGCAAGAUUGAACCGAUAACCGCUCUUGGUGGCUGCAAACAUGUCCAACAACCGCUACUGUAAAGCCGCUAGACCGGGGUGCAGCGGUGUCACGAGAUUAAUGAUCGCUUUUCAGGGCAUCCCGCUGAACAGGGAACCGCUAACCCGGGCCCACGAGUGUGUCUCCGUUUACAAUGUGGGCUACUGGAACCCACUCCCUAGGGGUAAGCCCUGACCGAUCAGUCACGCCGAAAGCCUGCUCGGUCAAGCGCAGCGAGGUACGCCCCAGGAGAAAACAUCUGGGCUCAGGCUCAAAGAUUUGGUAAGGCACUUGCCUGAUAUAUAAUUCCGUGCCUGAGAGGCCUGAAUUUUUUGUCUAGGCGUGUGCCUGAGAUACUGUAGAACCUGCACUAUUUUUGUUCAAGAUAUUUUCUCACGAGCAGAGACGGGUGAUGCGGGGGUUAUCGUCGUGGCUCUUCUGCGUGUCCUGCCUGGAGGGAGCUGCCUGGGUUUUUGUAGGAGUCAGGCGAUUUCUCAGGCAACAACAAAUCAUGCCUGAGAUGCCUGAGAGGGUUGAACAGGAAAAUGACGGUGACAGUCGGAGAAAUACCCAAACAUGGUACGCGCCAGAAGAACUCACACAGCCCCGCAGCCACAACUGCCGAUCAACACAUACCCGCGAAGUCGAUCCUCAUUCGUCCAAAAACAAUCCGGCAAAAUGACGGCGACAGUCGGAGAAAUACCCAACAUGAAACGCGAACUCUCGCCGCCCUGCACCAUCGAUCUGGAAUGGAUGACUCAUUCGUCCAAACACUAUCCGGCAAAGUGACGGCGAGUGUCGCACAAAAACCCAACACGACAAGCGUCCGAGUAACGGCAAACACCGCCGAUCUGUAACACAUGCACCACCCGUCGCCCCGACAGCAGAAGCCGGUGAGAACAGGGAUCUCCAAUUCUGUGCCUUACUCGUCCUUCAUCAUGGAUUACCAUCAUACGUAGUUGCAACACACCAAGAAGUUAUCGAUACGCCGAAAGUCACUAAAUCUUCCUUGGCAUGUUACGCUCCAGCGAAAGCUGGCUACAACAAUAUCAGUCGCGGCCAAGGAUGGCCAACUCGUCAAACUCCGCCUUGGCCGUCGCGAGAUCGUCCGGGUUGAUUCGUCCCUCAUCCAGCUCCUUCUGCUUACGCGCCAUGUCCUCGGAAAUUUCCCUAACCCUAGCUUCGGCGUUUUGCUUCUCCCUCCGGUACCCGGGGCUUUUCGACGCGAGAUCCACAACCGCAUGACCCAGCGCGGCAGCCAGUCCAAGAAAACUUGUAGCCAGUCUAGCAAUNUUCC